GACUGACUGGACGCCGCUCGCCAUGGAAUACUUGAAGGAUAUCUCGUCGUCCCUUUCGGGCUGGGAGUUCAACUUUGCUCCUGGUUGGCAGAGCGUGACAGCCUCAGUGCUGCUCGUGGCUGGAGGCUGGUUUGUUGUCUCCAGGGUUUGGACCUUCCUCAGGGUCUUGACCAGUCUGUUCGUUCUUCCCGGAAAAUCGCUCCGCUCAUUUGGCCCUAAGGGUAGCUGGGCAAUUGUUACAGGUGCCUCGGAUGGUUUGGGCAAAGAAUUCGCCCUCCAGAUCGCUCGCGCUGGCUACAACAUCGUCCUCGUUUCACGAACUGCUUCCAAGCUAACCGCCUUGACCGAUGAGAUUACGUCUAAAUACCCCUCGGUCCAGACCAAGAUGCUGGCGAUGGAUUUUGCUCGCAACUUGGACGAGGACUACGAAAAGCUAAAGGCCCUCAUUCAAGACCUAGACGUAGCUAUCUUGAUCAACAAUGUUGGAAAGAGUCACAGCAUCCCGGUUCCUUUCGCCCUGACCCCGGAGGACGAGUUGGCGGACAUCAUCACCAUCAACUGCAUGGGUACUUUGCGGGUUACGCAACUGGUUGUUCCAGGCAUGACCCAACGCAAGCGAGGAUUGAUUCUGACCAUGGGUUCUUUUGGUGGUCUCGUUCCAUCUCCUCUCCUUGCUACCUACUCCGGAAGCAAGGCUUUCCUUCAGCAGUGGUCCACAGCUCUUGGUUCAGAACUCCAGCCGUACGGCAUUACUGUUGAGCUGGUGCAGGCCUAUCUCAUUACCUCCGCCAUGUCCAAGAUUCGCAAGACCAGUGCCUUAAUCCCUAACCCGCGUGCGUUUGUCAAGGCGACAUUGUCCAAGAUUGGCAACAAUGGCGGUUCCCCAGGCUACGCAUACAGUUCCUCCCCAUACUGGAGUCACGGAUUGGUCGCAUACCUUGCGACAUGCGUGAUCAACCCGAUGAGCAAAUGGCUCGCAAACCAAAACAAGGCUAUGCACGAGUCGAUCCGCAAGCGGGCUCUGCGCAAGGCAGAACGUGAGAACGCGAAGAAGAGUUCUUGAAAGGACAUCGUCAUUUUUCUCUCAAGUCUCGGCCGAGUGUUUUCGUGUUUCCUGGAGCCCGAAAGCAAGACGCGAGACAAAACAAGGCAAACAACAUGCAAAGAACGUAUGAGAAAUGAUAAGAGAUGUUACGUCAGGGAUGAAACUCAUGAUGGAAGUGGCCUCUGAGCAUUGGGCCAGGUCCAAACCGUGAGGCAAGAGUUAGAGUAUUCGUUUUUACGUCUCGAGACAUGAGACGUAACUGCAUUAGUUUAAUAAUUAUUAUGUUUAUUAUCUCCUGGCUUGGAGCAC